AUAUGAUUAAAUAAUAUAAAUAUAAAAUGAAUGUAAGCUUUCUCUUCGACCAUGGUAAACUAAAGGAAAUGAGGUAAGUAAUAAACGUAUGUAUGGACCUUACCACAAAACAACCGAAGAAAAUAACAUCACGACACUUGACUGAAGAAGAGAGUAAUGCUGAUGUCGAACAAAACAAGCAGAAAUUAAUUGAUGUAGUUUCUCCUUUAGAAAACGAGGAAUCUGUAUUAUCUGGAUGGGAAGAAGCUACUCAUGAUGUACCACAGCUGCCUAACAUAAACUUGGAAAGAGACUUUAUAAUCGCUAAGAGCUACCUUCAGAAAAUAGGCUGCAGGAAUGAGACUAUCUGGGAUCAUCUGAAUGAUAUUCUUAAUCAUGUAAUGAAAGAGAGACCUAAAGAUUGUAUGAGGUAUUUUGAAGAACUCAGUCGUGAAAUACGAAUAAAAAAAUUCUUCCUGUCGGACGAUUGUGAAGAUACCUAUAAAGAACUAAGCGAAGAACCCAGAGACGCUGAAGAUGGUAAGUGUUUAUUGCGCUUUUAUAGAAAAGUGGAAUGCUAUUAUCAAACAGAAUUACGUUAUGAAGAUAAAUUCGGUAAUUUAGACUUUGUACCCUUCUUCAGACUAUUAAACGAAGCUGGAGUUUCUUUUCCAUACAGUGACACGUAUAAUAUACAAAUGGGUAUGAGACUACUAGCUAAGACAUACCCAAUUGUGAAGUUCAAACUUUGGGGGAAAAUUCUAGGGACUCUAAGAGAUUAUAUAAUAGUAGAAGCAGAACUAACAACAGAAGCUAUGGGUGAACGAUUCAAACAGUUCAUGUCUGUUGCCGUCGAAUCAAUGCAUGCAGAAGAACAAAGAUAUGAAGCUUCCGAAAAUGAACAUGAAGAAGAAUAUUUUAGAGAUUAUUUCAGCGAAGAAGCUUCUCUCAUUGAAGAAGAACCUAAACGUAAGCUUGACACUUACGUAAGCCCACCGAUACCGAGUCCUCAGAUUAUUAAGGAAGUAAUUGUACCUGUUGAACCACCAGGACACGGUCCUAACCGAAAAGUAUACCUAGUAGCCAAUGAUCCAAGCGAGGAGUGGAUCAUGUUGCCAGAUGUCACUCCGCUGCAGAUCGUUAGCGCUAGACAGAUCCAAAAAUAUUUUACUGGUGUACUGACAAAUCCUGUAUCCAGUUACCCUCAAUUUCAAGGCACUGAAAUGGAACUUCUCCGAGCUCAGAUUGCAAGAAUAACUGCUACUACUCAUGUUUCUCCUUUAGGAUUUUAUUCUGCUGGUGGUGAAGAAGAAGCAGUAGAAAUUGAAGAAGGACAAUUAUAUAUGGAAAAUAUUGAUUACCAGCCACUCCCAACAAAAGAUCUUUUAGACCCUACUCUCGAAUUUUGGGUUCACCAUGAGCAAUUUUUGUUGGAGCAAGGUAGGACAGAGUUUUGGUCGGCUGAGAGUGUUGUCGAAGCAGAAAUGGAGGAUGAACAGGAAUCACCCGUACCACCUCACGAGGUAGGACCGCCUAUCCUAACCACUCUGUCACAAGAUAUAAUGAUACUUGACAGUUCACCAGCGUGGAAUGUGCGAAGAGCAUCGACUCUUUUAGACGAAGAUAGUGCUGUUGUCCUGAGAUCGAAUAUUUGGCCAGGUGCUCUAACCGCAGUCAAAGAACGGCUCUUUGUCAAUUUCUAUGUUGGUUGGGGUACCAAAGGUAUUUUGAAGGGCUUUAGUUCAAUUAUUUGUUCUAAAGUAGAGAGAGAAUAUGAACUAGGUCCGGAAAUAAUGGAAAUGCAGGACCCAACCGUAGAAAUGGAAGAAUUCAGAUGGUUGCAAUUACAUCCCAAGAUAUUACCUCAUAAAGGAGGAGGUGAAGAGAUGGGAGCUGAAGAAGAAGAAAGUGUAUGAUACUCAACUUCAAAUGUAAUGCGGCGUGUAUAAUUUUAAAGUAAACAUGUUCAAUCUUA